GAUAUUUAUACUAAAGACAUAGAAAAUGAAUUUAAAGAAUUACUUAAAAAAAAGGGAAAUGAAGUAAUACCUUAUGAAGAUGAAUUUGAAUUAGAUCAAAGGCAAAUUAAGUUUGAAAUACCAAAAUUAUGUAUACCUAUAUUUGAUGAAGAAUGGAUACAAUAUAAAAUUCCUGAUUUACCAGAAAUAUCUAAUGAAUUUUAAAUAUAAAAUAUAACCAAUUUUAAAUAUAAAAAUAUUCAUUUAACUUAAGAUUAACUUUAAAUUUUUUUUAUCAAUAAUUUAUUAAUAUAAAAUAAUUUAGAACAAUCAUAUUAUAUUAAAAUAUAUCUGAAAUAUAUAAAAGAUUAAUUUUAAUUAAUUUAUUUAUGUUAAUUAUUUGAUUUUUAAAAAUUAAAUACUAAUUAUAUAUUCUGACAUUAAAAUUAAAAAAUUUUCAAAGUUGAUUAAUUAAUAAUUGAAUGAUUUCUAUAUUUAAGAUCUAUUAUAUAAAUAGAUAAAAACAAGUUAAAAAUAAAAUAAUUUAAUAAAAUUUUAAUAAAUUUUAUUUUCUUUAUACAUGAAUAAAUUUUUAUAAAUAUAUUUUAUCAAUAUGUUUUUAUCAAAAUUUUUGAAAAAGUAUUAAAUGCUCUUUCAAUUGUUAAUAAUACAAAAUGACAAAUAGAUGUUUAACUGUAAUAGCUGGUAUUUUAGAAGAUCCUACUUUUAAUCAUAUAUGUUUUAUUGCCGAAAGUUUAUCUACAAUAUUACCGAAUUUUCAUUAUAGAAGUAUUAGUAAAAGUUCUUUAAAAUGGGAAGCUCAUAACAUAAAAAGACAAAAAAGCAAACAUUUACAAAUACAAGAAAAAUGUCGUAGAAUAAUGAUAAUAGGAGCAGGAAGAUCAAUGUGUCCAGAUCUUGUGUCUCAAUUAUUAAUGACAAAAGAACUCUGGAUGACUCAUGGAAUCGUUAUUAGUUUAUAUGAUCAACCAGGAUGUUUUUUUAAACUUAGGAGAAUUUUUAAAGAUGCAAGAACGAUAGGUGCUGGUUUAAAUACAGUAAAUAUCGUGGAAAGUAUUCCUGACGGACUGAAAAAUUGUGAUAUAUUAAUUUAUCUUGAUAGUUUUAUGCGAGAAGAUAAUGAAGGAACAGAAAAUUGGUUGCAACGUAAUUAUAAAAUUAUAGAAAAUUUAUCUGCAUAUAUAAACGAAUAUGCACCUUCACAUAUGAAGAUAAUUUUUUGUUCAAUGAGUCUUCCAUGUUUUUAUGCUAAUAUUAUGCUUGAACUUGUUACAAAAUUAUCAAGUACAAAUAUUGUAGUUGCUAGUGCUCAUUAUGGUUUGGAACUUAUACAUACAUUUGUGAAUUCAUUGGGUCUUACUCACCAAAAUUUUGGUUGUCCACCUAUUUGGGGUUUCUUAGGAAUCAAUCAUUUUGUAGAUGUUGAUCAUAUGAUUCAAAAAUAUGAUAUAUAUUAUCCACAUAAAAAAGCUUUAAAUUCGAAUGAAACUACAAUACCAUUUAGAAUCAAAUAUUCAGAAUUAAGAUGGUUUUUUUACAUGGCACAUGAUAAAGAUCCAUAUAAAAAUCAUUUUAAACGUAAGGCCCUUGUUCGAUAUCAAGUAGGCAGAUCAGAAGAUUUUCCAAAAUGUAGAGCUAUUUGUGAUCUUUUGAAAUUAUGGUAUAGCAAAAAAAAAAUCAUUGGAGACGAAAUUAUAUCAUUGGGAAUCGCAUCUGAUGGUUCAUUUGGUAUACCAAAGGGAUUAGUGUUUUCACAGCCAGUAUAUUUAAAAGAAUGUGAAGAUGGCACACGAAAAUGGAUUCCUUUCAAAGAUUUUCCAAUACCAAACAUGCCAAUUUCUAUAUUUCAAAAUUUUAUAGAUACUGCUAUGGAUAUUAAGGAAAAAAUAAUUAAAUUAAAAAACGAAAUUGAUAUAACGAAAAUUUAAUUACUUAUUUGAUAAUUUACUUUUCAAGAAAUUUUUAUUAAAAAAAUUACAAUUUUAUUGUAUUAUGUAAUACAUAAAAAUACUAAAUUAUUCAAAUUUAUUAUAUAACAUAUAUGUAUAUUCAGAUUAAUCAUUAUAAUAUGCACAUAUAAUCAUUAAAAUUGCACAUAAUUUUAUAAGUGAUAUUUUUAGCAGUGCAUUGCAUUAAAACAAUUCAAUAAAAAAUAUAAUUUUAAAUAUUAAUGACUUGCAAAUUAAUUAUGUAAUAUUGAAAUUAUUUUAAAAAUACAAAUUAUUAAUUUAUUAAUGAAGAACAUAAGAAGAAUAAUAAAGUUUCUUAAAAUAAAUUUAUUACCUAAUAAUACAAUUGAAUAAAUUAAUUAAGUAAAGUUAGCUAUUGAUCACUUAAAAAAAAUUAUUAUAUUUUAUCAUGAUAUUUUUCACAAAAAGAUAAUUAUGGGAAUAAUACUUUUCACCAUGUGUAAUAAUGUACUCGAAUUUAAUUAUAGUUUCUGUAUACAGAAAAUGAUAUAACAAGUUAUUACCAGCUUAAAAUCUAUUGUUAACAACUGGUAAUCCAUACCAUUUUAUAUCUAGUAGAUAGUUCUUUAUACAGGAUGUUAUGUCACAAUGGUAGACAAAUGGAUAAUGCAUUUCGUAUUAUCAUAUGAUUAUUUUAUCCCCAUCAUUGAAAUAGUGUACAAUAUAACUGUAUAGGUAUUUUUUGGAAAGCGUUCAAUGAUUAUUGCCAAAAUAAUGAAAAUGCAUAAAAAAAAAGUUAAAAUU